AUGGCUUGGGCUGAUCUCAUGAUAAGCUAUCCUGCCGACAGCUUUGUGGCUGACGUAGACCUUGAGUGUCUGAUCACACUAGAAGCAAUGAUGUUCGAAGAUUCCGAAGCAGGACCGGCAGGCAACCGGCAGUGGGGUUUGGAUGCCGGUCAACUUCACAGGAAGUACAACGUGUAUCUCAACAUUCCUACUGAGUGGGUUCUGGGCAGAGAUCACAGUGAGAGUGAACUGGAAGAGAUGAAGGGAGCUGCUGCUGCUGCUAUCGAUGAUGGUGGUGUGUACAACGUGUCCUCUACAUGUCUAUGUGCGCUGGACCUCUGA